AUGGACAAUACCACCAAUUUAAAUCUAUUCUUGAAAUCGCUAGAUCAAGCAAUAUCCCAAUACGAGCCAACACUAGCGCCACUCCUAUCCAAGACAAUCGAUGAACAUCUAGCAGCCUGCGCAACUGCAACCGCCAAGAUCCACUUUCUCAAUAAUUUUCAAUAUGUAUUGAUAUCGACGGUUUUCUCAUAUCUCAAGAGCUUGGGGGUCGACACAGACCAGCAUCCAAUUAAGAAGGAACUAGCGCGGGUCAAGAGUUACAUGAUGCGAGCCAAGGCGCUUGAACAGAACAACCACGCCCAUAAGGACUCGGCGAAAAGGGAGCAGGAUCAACAGAGAGCUAAAGAUUUCAUUGCCCAGACUUUGGGUCGCAAGAGCGGGGACGCUAGCACCGUGAGCGAUGUGGGGCCCGCUAUCAGCACGCAGAGCUUCCAGGGUAAGCACACUCGAUUCCAAGGUAAUGAGUCGGAUAGUGAGGCGGAGAACGUGGCGGCAGCAAAAGGAAAGAGCAAGUCCGCUCCACGGGGGAAAGUGGAUAAGCAGCACAAGGGUGAUAGAGCGAGUCUGAGUUUAAAGCUGAAGAUACUGGGCAAAGUUGGCAAGCAUUUGAAAUCGGGGAAGCUGUCGCGCUCUUCCAAACCCAACAAGAAGUAA